GGAGAGGAGAAAAAAAUGGAGAACAAGUCGAAGCAAUGGCGUUUCAAGGUGAAGAAGGAUCUAACGACCUCUGUUUCUAAUUUCAACAUCAGAAGCGUGCUCGGCAAGCUCCAUGGGGCUAUUGAUGCCACCGACCCAAGGCCACCACCAAUCUUCCUCGGCCAUGGCGAUCCUUCUGCUUUUCCUUGCUUUCGGACGACUCCCGUAGCUGAAGACUCCAUUGUCGAUGCUCUUCGUUCUGCAAAGUUCAACGGUUAUGCUCCCGCCAUCGGUGUUUUACCCGCCAGAAGGGCAAUAGCUGAAUACCUAUCAAGUAAUCUUCCCUACAAGUUAUCUCCCGAUGAUGUGAAUCUAACCAGCGGUUGCGCACAAGCCAUCGAGGUGGUUAUAUCGGCCCUGUCUCAGCCCGGUGCAAACAUCUUGUUUCCAAGACCAGGGUUCCCUGCCUAUGAAGCUCGUGCUGCUUUCAGCAAUCUCGAAUUCCGACAUUUUGAUCUUCUCUCCGACAAGGGUUGGGAGGUUGAUCUUGAUGCUGUUGAAGCUCUUGCAGAUGAUAACACUGUUGCCAUGGUUAUCAUCAACCCUGGAAAUCCCUGCGGGAAUGUCUUCACUUACCAACACUUGCAGAAGAUUGCUGAGACUGCAAGCAGGCUUGGGAUAAUGGUUAUCGCGGAUGAAGUUUACGAUCGUAUCGCUUUUGGGACUAAUCCAUUUGUGCCUAUGGGUACAUUUGGAUCGAUUGCUCCUGUCAUUACACUUGGGUCCAUUUCCAAGAGAUGGGCGGUGCCUGGAUGGAGAUUGGGCUGGCUUGUCAUAACUGACCCCAAUGGCAUUCUUAAAGAAACCAAGAUUGUCGAGAGCAUUCAUGGCUGUCUCAGUCUCUGCGCUGACCCUGCAACUUUCAUUCAGGGGGCAAUUCCUAAAAUUUUGGAGGAUACAAAAGAGGAUUUCUUUAAGAAUAUCCUCAAUAUAUUAACGCACGCUUCAGACAUUUGUUAUGAGAGAUUAAAGGACAUUGAUUGCCUUACUUGUCCACAUAAACCAGAGGGAUCUAUGUUUGUCAUGGUAAAGUUAAAUCUAUCACUUCUGGAAGAUAUCGUUGAUGAUAUUGACUUUUGCUACAAGUUGGUCAAAGAAGAAAAUGUGGUUUUUCUACCAGGCAUUACAGUGGGAUUGAAAAAUUGGCUCCGCAUAACUUUUGCUAUUGAGCCAUCUUCUCUUGAAGAUGCCCUAGGGAGGGUAAAUUCCUUUUGCCAAAGGCAUGCCAAGAAACAGUAAUGAAUCUCGUUUGUUCCUCAAUCAAGCUCAUGGUGAUCAUCAACAUGACGUUGAAUCCCAUGCUUCAGUUUAUUACUGGUGUUGUUUGUGUGUUUAUUGUUCUAUGAUCAACAGGAUAUGUUGUAAUUUGAUCAAAACUGUUCUGUAUUUGUUUCAAUAAUGAGUAUUGUAUUAAGAUUUCU